CGGGAUGUUUACGGGCCCGGCAGGAGCAGCGGGGGGCGGAGAGGAAGUUGGGACUGCUGUGGGUGCCUGAGUCGCCUGCCAGGAGCCUAUCUAGGCUCCUGCGGCCAGCUCCGGCCCGGCCCCGCGCCUGAGGCGCCCGACAAGCCGGGGAGGGGAGGAGGCCAGUUGCGGGCCCCCGCGCCAGGAGAAGGCGGCGCCAAGCUUCCCGGACAUAAGGGACAGUUUUACGUGAUAGAAUGGAUGAACAAUCACAAGGCAUGCAGGGGCCAAAUGCUCCACCAUUUCAGCCACAGAAAGCCUUACGACCUGACAUGGGCUAUAAUACACUUGCCAAUUUCCGAAUAGAGAAAAAGAUUGGCCGUGGGCAGUUCAGUGAAGUUUACAGAGCAACCUGCCUGUUGGAUGGGGUACCAGUGGCUCUGAAGAAGGUCCAGAUAUUUGAUUUGAUGGAUGCCAAAGCCCGUGCUGACUGCAUCAAAGAAAUAGAUCUUCUUAAGCAACUGAAUCAUCCAAACGUAAUUAAAUAUUAUGCCUCGUUCAUUGAAGACAAUGAACUGAACAUCGUGUUGGAAUUAGCCGAUGCUGGAGAUCUCUCCAGAAUGAUAAAGCAUUUUAAGAAACAGAAGAGGUUGAUUCCUGAAAGAACAGUUUGGAAGUACUUUGUUCAGCUUUGCAGUGCCUUGGAACACAUGCAUUCUCGUCGUGUUAUGCAUAGAGAUAUAAAGCCAGCUAAUGUGUUCAUUACAGCUACUGGGGUAGUAAAACUUGGAGACCUUGGACUCGGUCGGUUUUUCAGCUCCAAAACCACAGCUGCACAUUCUUUAGUUGGUACACCUUAUUACAUGUCUCCAGAGAGAAUACAUGAAAAUGGUUACAACUUCAAAUCUGACAUCUGGUCUCUAGGCUGUCUGCUGUAUGAGAUGGCUGCGCUGCAGAGUCCCUUUUACGGUGACAAAAUGAACUUGUACUCCCUGUGCAAGAAGAUAGAGCAGUGUGACUACCCACCUCUCCCUUCUGAUCACUACUCAGAGGAACUGCGACAGUUAGUUAAUAUGUGCAUCAACCCGGAUCCGGAGAAGCGACCAGACAUAACCUACGUCUACGACGUAGCGAAACGUAUGCAUGCACACACUGCCAGCAGCUAAGCAGACAUCAGAUCCCGAAGAGAAGAGCAGAAACAACCAAGUGCUUUAAAUAAAUCAUCCCGCAUCUG